AUGUCUGCACCAACGGCGGACGCCCGGACUCGCGCUCCGGAGGCCAAGAAGGUUCACAUCGCCGACACUGCCAUCAACCGCCAGAACUGGUACAAGCAUGUCAACUGGCUGAACGUCUUCCUGAUCAUCGGUAUUCCGGUGUAUGGUUGCGUUCAGGCGUUAUGGGUGCCACUACAGCUCAAGACUGCUAUCUGGGCCGUUAUCUACUAUUUUUUCACCGGUCUCGGUAUCACAGCAGGUUACCACCGUCUUUGGGCUCACUGCUCGUACUCCGCCACCCUCCCUCUGCGCAUCUGGCUCGCUGCCGUCGGUGGUGGUGCCGUCGAAGGCUCUAUCCGCUGGUGGGCUCGUGACCACCGUGCUCACCACCGCUACACCGAUACUGAGAAGGACCCCUACUCCGUCCGCAAGGGUCUGCUCUAUUCCCACCUUGGAUGGAUGGUGAUGAAGCAGAACCCUAAGCGUAUCGGCCGCACCGACAUCUCCGACCUGAACGAGGACCCCGUCGUCGUAUGGCAGCACCGUAACUACCUCAAGGUCGUCUUCACGAUGGGUCUCGCUGUGCCUAUGCUUGUUGCUGGUCUUGGCUGGGGUGACUGGAUGGGCGGCUUCGUGUACGCCGGUAUUCUCCGUAUCUUUUUCGUCCAGCAAGCGACUUUCUGCGUCAACUCUCUUGCCCACUGGCUCGGUGAUCAGCCCUUCGACGACCGCAACUCACCCCGUGACCACGUCAUCACCGCCCUCGUCACCCUCGGUGAGGGAUACCACAACUUCCACCACGAAUUCCCCUCCGACUACCGGAACGCCAUCGAAUGGCACCAGUACGACCCUACCAAGUGGUCCAUCUGGGCCUGGAAGCAGCUUGGUCUCGCCUACGACCUGAAGAAGUUCCGCGCCAACGAGAUCGAGAAGGGCCGUGUCCAGCAGCUCCAGAAGAAGCUCGACCGCACUCGUGCGACCCUUGACUGGGGUACUCCUCUCGACCAGCUCCCCGUCAUGGAGUGGGACGACUACGUCGAGCAGGCCAAGAACGGCCGUGGCCUCGUCGCUAUCGCCGGAGUUAUUCACGAUGUCACCGACUUCAUCAAGGACCACCCCGGUGGUAAGGCCAUGAUCAAGUCUGGUGUAGGCAAGGACGCCACCGCCAUGUUCAACGGCGGUGUCUACUACCACUCCAACGCCGCCCACAACCUCCUCUCCACCAUGCGUGUCGGUGUCAUCCGCGGCGGCUGCGAAGUCGAGAUCUGGAAGCGCGCUCAGAAGGAGAACGUCGAGUACGUGCGGGAUGGCUCAGGCCAACGCGUCGUCCGUGCCGGCGAGCAGCCCACCAAGAUCCCUGAGCCCAUCCCCACUGCUGAUGCGGCGUGA